AUGGCGACUCCUGGUCGCCCUCAGUUCUUCUGUACCCGCCCUGACGGCACUCUGACUCCACUUGUGGCUGUCGAUGAGUUUCCUGCUGGUGUCUCUGUCCGUGGUGUCUCUCGCGUCUUGAACGCCAGUGAGACCCAGGGUAUGACCAGCUGUGGACUGGCUGCCCCUCGCCCUGACCCUUGGGCUAUUGACGGAGUUGUCUACUCUUCUCCCCGUGGAGCUGGAUCUGAGAACCUCUCUGAGAUCCGCAAUUUUCUUUUGCAGGUUUUGGGAAAUGGAAAUGUCCCGGAGAACAUCCGGAUGUCCGCCAGUCUGAUACUGUUUAACGGCAUCGACCGUCACGGUGCUCUUGUCGGCGAGGGAACUGCUACCGGCAGUAGAAUGUCUCCUUUGGCCCCUGCGUUCUGUACCGGACCUCAGGCUGCGAGCAAAAAUGCUUCGCUUUCGAAGAAGGAGUACUGUUCCUACUGGAUUCGACACGGCGAGUGUGACUACGCUCAGCAAGGUUGCUUGUACAAGCACGAGAUGCCACUUGAUCUGGCCUCGCUUGAACGACUUGGUCUUCGCGACAUCCCCCGUUGGUUCCGUGAAAAGCAUAACCUGCCCAGUCUCGCUUACUCUGGACGCGGACUUGGAGACGCACGUCAGCCUCUCUCGAUUCAGGACCGUCCUCCUAUGGCUGCCCUCCCAGCCUCGGAGUCUUCUGCUAACGGCAAUGGCAAGUUCCUCAAGUCGCCUCCGCGUGGCCCGGCUAACCGUGGCACGAACAACGGAGCAGGUCAUAACCAGUAUCGCGGCGCCCACCGUAACGGAACUGGUACCUGGAAGACCAUUCAUCGCAACGGUCGUAACCGUGCCAUGAGCGUGACUCGUCAGAGCGCUUGCAGCGAGCAGAGCGGUGGUCAGUCCUCUAACGUCGAGACCACCCCUCCCAGCAACGAGCUCGGAUUCCAUGAGUGGUGCACUACAGCCCCUUCUGCGAGCUCCUCCCCUGCCCAGCCUAUCGGUCACAGCCCUGCCUCCGUGUCUCGUGUCUCGCCUGUCCUCCCCAACGUUGUCGCCAGCAAGUCUCUCUUGGAUGAUGGUAAUUCCCGCGCCCGCGUUCUUGGAUUGAAGCUCGCCGAGCUGACCGAGUACAAUAAAGAUGUCUUCGAAGCAGUUCCCGGUAUUUCCCUCGACGUCCCUCCCCGUCCCAACCUCACUGGUCGUCUGUACGAGCACAGCUCCAACCCGUCUUCGGAGGGUGGUGUGAUGCUUCCAAAGGAUCUCAACUUGGAUUGGCGCCCAAGCACCACUUCUUUCCCUUAUGCUGACGUCGCUGCGGGUAAGGUUUCUGCUUCUAGUGCCUCUUCCACCGCCGCCCAGUCGACUGGCGGCUCUUCCACCCCUCGUCUUGCGGAGCUCGCAACUGCGGACACUGGUCUUUUGCAUUCCGAUGACAUCUGUGUCACUUGGGGUCCCAUUGGAGGUCCGAUCUACAAGCAAAUGACUCCUCCCGCCAACUUCAAUGCGCCCGCGUUUCGACCCAACUGGAAGCGCCCCGGUACCCAUUAG